GUGUUCCUUUUCAGUGGGCCGUUUCGUUGGAAUGAAGCAAAAAAUACUCUGCUCCUUCGGGAAUUAUACUCCUCGGAGCCAUUUCUGUACAAAGUGGGCAGCAAGGAAGCUGGCCAAAAAUGGACAAAAGUAGCCGAAAAACUAAACUGCUUCAGUCUUUUUAGAGACAUGCCUCGGGAUCAGCGAAGUGUGAGGGAACAAUUUAACAAGCUUUUAAAAGACUACAAGAACAAGAAAAACAAAGAAGAAAAAGCAAGUGAGAUCAACCCUGAUCCACCAACAGAAAACGAAACAUUGCUUGAGGAAAUAGUUGCGGCCAUGGAGUCAACAACACUUCGUGUAGGAAAUGCAAACAGCAAAAAAGAUGACCAGAAGAGGAAGGAUGCACUUGCAUGUAGAGAUAAAGCCAUGACCAGGUGGGCAAAGGCUGGAGCAAGUGGUGAAGCCUCUGAUUCUGGGGAAGAAAGUACCACAGAGAAGAAGACUGUAAAGAGAAGAGGAAGAAAAAGAAGAGCUAGUUCUGAUCCUUUCCAGUAUUUAGUAGAGAAAACAGCUAAGGAAACAGACCUCAGAAAAGAAGAGCUGGAACUUCAAAGACAGCAGCUGCAACUUCAGGCUGAGCAGCAAACAGAACAAUUCAAAGUGCAACAAGAGCAGAUGAAGCAAAUGAUGCAAAGUCAAAUGAACACACAAAACCUUGUUCUUGCUCUAGUACAGAAACUUACAAAGUGA